AUGGCUCAUUCGUUCUCGCCAACGACAUAUCCGCAUCUCUGGGAUCACAUCAUCGCAAAUGCCGACCGAAAGACGCAGCACACCCUGCGCAGAGUCGACGCUCAGCUGCGCGCGGCCGUCGACCAACACCAAGCCCGACACCUCGUCCUCAUCCCCGAGGGAAUCUAUUCACUCAAAGUGACGGGGCCAGAGGGCAAGAUUGCGGCGUUCAUGGAAAGACCCCAAUUCUGGAAAGACCAGCGGCUCCUGGAUCUCCUCCCCUACACCCGAGUCGUCGACGUGCGUGGUUUCUGCCCGCCCACUAUCGACCUUCCCCACCUCGCGACAGGGUUUCGGAACCUCGAGGUUGUUCGCAUGAGUCCUGAUGCCACCGGUGCCAGCACGCCGUAUGUUCCGUGGCCGGCUCGGACACUCGUGCUCUUCGCCAGUUUCGCGGGCUUCUGGGUCAAUGAUAGGCACUGGUGGUGGGACAAGGAGACAAAGCUCGAUCCCAACUGGGAGGCCAAGAACCUCACGGUGCCCCAUGGCCGACGGCCAAUGGUUCCACCGGGCGUGGACCAAUAUGCGCUCUUCGAUACGUUCGAGCGUAUCGUGCUCAACUUCAAUGGCGACCUUUCAUCAUUGGAGGAGAUCCGCCCCUUGUUCCGGAACCUCCCAAGGACCGUUAAGGAGGUCCUGCUCGUGCUGCCCCGGAACAAGUCGCUCGACGAUAGCGGCACCUUGUUUAGCUUCUACGCCGGUCUCGAGAUGAGCUUCCACGCUCUCACCAGGGCCCAGCACGCAAAGUACACAUUCGUUGGCUUCGAUCUCGCCAAGCCGGGAUAUAACGACGAGUUGCGCGACAAGCUGCGGCAAUGGAAGAAAACUGAGCUCUUCAUCGACGUCGACUACGGAAUCUCUUGCGCGGACACUGCAGACUUGAGGAAGCGCGAGCGAUACGUAGCAGCAAGUGAGCAAGCGCGCGCGAACGGCGUACUGGAGGGGAAACCUGUCGAGGUACCAGCGCAAUUGGUUGACCUCACUACCAAGGUCGACCAGCUCAUGGCGAACAUGGAGUUUAUUACGCAAGCUCAGUACAGGAAGUGUGUAGACUCGGAGGUGGCAAGCCUAGAGACGCUCGAGUUCUUCCGCGAGGAUGAGUACGAAUAG